AUGAAGCUAGACUCUACGGGAGCCUUCCAAGUUGCAGGCCACAACGUUAUGGAAGCUUCCUACGUCAUAGCACUGGAAAUAGUGAAGCAAAAAAAGCCACACACCAUUGGCGAACCCUUGAUAAAACCAUAUGCCCUCAAUAUGGUUGAAAUAUUAUUGAAUAAGGAGCAAGAGCAUAAACUGGCAGCUGUUCCUCUCUCAAACAGCACUGUUCAAAGACGAAUAAGUGACAUGGCUGACGGCAUCAGGGAUCAAGUUGUUCAGCAAAUAAAAUCCGCAGCAUUUGGACUCUUCUCAAUUCAGCUGGACGAGUCUACUGAUGUGGCAUCAUGCUUUCAGCUGCUGGUGUUCGCCAGAUAUGUGCACGCUGCUUCAUUUAAAGACGAGUUCCUCUUUUGCUCUACGUUAGAAACUACAACAAGAGCCUCAGAUGUCUUCGAAAAAGUGUCCUCUUUUAUGGAACAACAUCUGCGGUUGCUGUACGGACGGAGCGCCGGCUAUGCUUGGGUCGAAAUCGGGUUUUCAGGCUGCCGUGAAAAAGCGAGCUCGUGA